AUGAUGCCAAGAAAGUCUUCAUUUCUUGUUCUACAUUGUCUAUUAAUUUCAUUAGCAAAUGGAAGGAACAUUUCAGAAGUAACUGAAGUGAUAACGAGUAUUUUAAAUCUCAUAAAUAAUUCUCGCUCAAUUGAUAUCAAGACAUGCUGGCUUUUCGACGAGCAACUUGAACUAAUGAAGGCCUUGAAUAAAAAAUACAUACUCGCAAAAGUUGAAAAGAGGCAAGAAAUAUUUUAUGAUAACUCUCAUCGUAACUGGCUUUUAAUUGAUGCAAAUUGUGAGGAAGAAUUGGAAUUUCUAACAAAGCUAUCGAACAUUGAAUUCAGCAAGAUUAACAUCAUUGCAUUCAUUAAUGAUACAAAUCUACAAAAAUUGCAAUUCUCAAUCAACUCUGAGUUUUUCUACCUGCUAGAGAAUCUAACAGCAAUAAAGGUCAAACAGGCUUACCGUCCUUCAAAUGGAUAUUCUCUUGUUAUUGAGAAUUUUGGCACAUGGUAUAAAGACCAGAGGAUAUUUAUAGAUCAUCGACAAAUCAAAAUUACGUCAAUGAGAAGAAGAAAUUUCAACUUAUUGCAGCUGAAUGCUUCUUUAGUUACAACGAACAACUUCUCUAAAUUCAAUCUUGAUAACUAUCACGAUACUCACAUCGACACGAUAACAAAACUCAAUUACAAGCUGACAAAUCUAGUGAUAGAAUGGCUUAAUGCAUCUGCUGGAUACUCAUUUGUAGACACGUGGGGAUACAAGAACAAUAAAACAAAUGAAUGGAAUGGAAUGAUUGGGGAAUUAAUAAAUAAUAAGGCUGACAUCGGAGCUUCACCAUUGUUCUUAACAUCGGAUAGAAUUGACGUUAUAGACUAUUUAAUAUGCACAUCUCAAACUCGCUCUAAAUUUGUGUUUCGUUCACCAAAAUUAUCAUUCACCGAGAACGUGUUUGUUCUCCCUUUUCACGAGGACGUAUGGAUUUGUUUGAUUAUAUCCCCUUUUAUUGCCGCUUUAUUCCUAUACUUUUCACUCUUCACUGAAUGGAAAUCAAAUAUCGGGAUCAUAAAACCAUCACUAAAUGAUUCAUUUUUUACAUUGUAUUGUGCGAUUACGCAACAAGGAAUUGUUCAAGUACCAAAAGCAUAUGGAUCGAGGUUGAUUAUGUACAUUUCAUUUACAGCAUUCAUGUUCCUAUAUGCUAGCUAUUCAGCAAACAUCGUGGCAUUGCUCCAAAGCCCUUCGAAUAAAAUUCAAACCCUUGCUGAUUUAUUAAAUUCACGUUUAGAAUUCGGAGUCGAUGAUACGGUCUUCAACCAUUUUUACUUUAAGCAUGCAGAUGAAAAUGUCAGAAGGGAAAUUUAUUUGAAUAAAAUAAGGAGGAAGGACGGUGGAGAGAAUUUUUAUAACAUGUCAGAAGGGAUAGGAAGAGUACGUGACGGUCAUUUUGCAUUUCACAUGGAAGUAGGUGUCGGUUAUAAAUUUGUUAGUGAAAUAUUUCAAGAGGACGAGAAAUGUGGAUUACAAGAGAUACAAUAUCUUCAAGUAAUUGAUCCAUUUUAUGCUGUGAGAAAGAAGUCACCAUAUAAGGAACAUUUUAAAAUUGGAUUAUUGAGACUUCAGGAGCAUGGAUUACAAGCUCGAGAGAAUGCUCGGUUUUAUACGAAGAAACCAAAAUGUCAUUCUGGUAAUUCGAAUUUUGUGUCUGUGGGAAUGAUUGAUACACGUCCUGCAUUCCUAAUUUUCGGUUAUGGACUGGGCUGUGCUAUGACGUUGAUGCUCAUUGAGAAGGCAUACUACCGAUAUUUUGGGGAAAUUUCAUUUAAGAAAUGUGUCAAGAAAAGGCCUUAA